ACAACAGAGGUUCCUCUUGUCCUUGUUGUACAGAGCUUGUUUUCUCUUAUUCAUUCUCAGACAAAAUCACUUCCAUCAAUUGAACCUCUUGCCUUCUCACCAGUUUUUAAUUUUAAUUUGUAAUACCAAUGGCUCGCUCUUUCACCAACGUCAAGGCUCUCUCUGCUCUAGUCGCUGAUGGAUUCUCCAACGCUUUUACAAGGCGUGGGUACGCGGCAACAACACAAAGCGCUGCAAGGGGAGGAGCAGCUUCCAUCAGCGGUAAGAUAGCACCCAAAUCAGGAGAAGACAAGGUGACAACUUCUAAGAAGGUUUCAUGGGUCCCAGACCCCGUCACUGGUUACUACAAACCAGAGAACGCCAAAGAGAUUGAUGUUGCUGAGCUGCGAGCGACGGUUCAGAACAAAAAAUUCAACCACUAAUUUC